GCGGCAGGGGAGGGGCGGCCUGUCUCACGGAGGGCCGGUUGCGCCGCCGCCCCGGGGUUACGGGGAAGGCCGGAGCGGGGUACGGCGAGAGGCUCUCUGGGGCUCUACGGAAAGGAGCCCGACGUGGAGUGGGAGGCCAGCGUCCCGACCUCGCUCCAGCUGACUGCGCGCUGGGUCAUCGGGCUUCCCCGGCGCGCUUUCCAUUCCUCGCAGCCGGACCGCGGAGUGUCUUUCUAGGGCUUUUCUGACCAGCACCCGGGGUUGGGGUGAGACACGUCAUUUCGGGGCCGGAGGUGAAAGGAAACCGAGUCAAUUUUUCCUUCCCCUGUGGUCUGGGUGUAUGGUUGGUGACUCUCCAGAUGUUGAGAUCCCUGUAUCCCUGGCACAGGUCGUUACUGAGCUGUAGUUGGAGUAGACUCUGUCUUCUGAAACAGUAUUUAUUUACAAUGAAGUUGGAGUCCCCAGAAUUCCAAUCACUGUUCACAGAGGGAUUGAAGAGUCUGACAGAAUUAUUUGUCGAAGAAAAUCAUCAGUUAAGAAUAGCAGGAGGAGCUGUGAGGGAUUUAUUAAAUGGAAUAAAGCCUCAAGAUGUGGAUUUUGCUACCACUGCUACCCCUGCUCAAAUGAAGGAAAUGUUUCAGUCUGCUGGUAUUCGUAUGAUAAAUAACAAAGGAGAAAAGCAUGGAACAAUUACUGCUAGGAUUCAUGAAGAAAAUUUUGAAAUUACUACACUCCGGGUUGAUGUCAUCACUGAUGGAAGACAUGCUGAGGUAGAAUUCACAGCUGACUGGCAGAAAGAUGCUGAACGCAGAGACCUCACUAUAAAUUCUAUGUUUUUAGGUUUUGAUGGUACCUUAUUUGACUACUUUAAUGGUUAUGAAGAUUUAAAAAAUAAGAAAGUUAGAUUUGUCGGUCAUGCUAAACAGAGAAUACAAGAAGAUUAUCUUAGAAUUUUAAGAUAUCUCAGGUUUUAUGGGAGAAUUGUAGAAACCCCUGGUGACCACGAUCCUGAGACUUUAGAAGCAAUUGCAGAAAAUGCAAAAGGUUUGGCUGGAAUAUCAGGAGAAAGGAUUUGGGUGGAACUGAAAAAAAUUCUUGUUGGUAACCACGUAAACCACUUGAUUCACCUUAUCUAUGACCUUGGUGUGGCUCCUUACAUAGGUUUACCUACUAAUGCCAACUUACAAGAAUUUAACAAAGUCAGUCAAAAUGUUGAAGGGUUCUCACCAAAGCCACUGACUCUCUUGGCUUCAUUAUUCAAAGUACAGGAUGAUGUCACAAAAUUGGAUUUGAGAUUGAAGAUUUCCAAAGAAGAGAAAAACCUUGGCUUAUUUAUAAUUAAAAACAGGAAGGAUUUAGUUAAAGCAGCAGAUAGUUCAGAACCAUUAAAACCCUAUCAGGACUUCAUUAUAGAUUCUAGGGAACCUGAAGCGACGACUCGCAUAUGUGAGCUACUGAAGUAUCAAGGAGAGCAUCGUCUUCUAAAGGAAAUGCAGCAGUGGUCCAUUCCUCCGUUUCCUGUAAGUGGCCAUGACAUCAGGAAAGUGGGCAUUUCUUCAGGAAAAGAAAUUGGGGCUCUAUUGCAACAGUUGAGAGAACAGUGGAAAAAAAGUGGUUACCAAAUGGAAAAAGAUGAACUUUUGAGUUACAUAAAGAGAAACUAAACUGAGGAGAGCUGGCUACUGAAGUGGAAAAUUUUUGGUAAGAGUAGUUUUAUCAUUCUCCCCUUUAGUGAGAUUUAAGAGACUUGAAUAUACAGCAGAAUAACAGCCAACUUAGAAGAAUACAAUUUCAGGCACUAGACUGAAGUCUGCCUCCUCUUAAUAUGACUUAUAUUGCUACUUGGCUUCCUCUUUAUCUUGGCUUUUUUUUUCUUUUUUUGCAUAGCACGGUACUAAGAUUGAUCUUAAAAAGUGGUGUUUCCUGUUGGAAGAACUUGGGUUAUUAUGUGAAACAUUUGUCUAGUUCUUACCUGAAAUCCAGCGUAAACUUGUGCUUGAAGAAAAUAGCUGACGGAUUUGCAGAAAACAUCCUGUAUAAAAUAUGAAUAGUAAUUGUGUCCCAGGUGGCUGACAUUGAUAUGUAGGAUUAGUUUUCGCAAACUAUGUUUUAGUAUGUAGGGAUAUUUUCUCUUAUUGGUUUCCUUAACUGUGCAUGGCUAGCCUGGGAAACUCAGAUUUUGGGAUUUAGCCUGGGAAACUCAGAUUUUGGGAUUGGCUGGAAGGUUAACUUCGAACCUGUUAUUUGAAGAAACGUUUCCAUAUUUAUUGUAAUUAAAAGCAUUACAUUGCUUAUUUAGAAUUUCCAUUGUUGUGCUCCUAAAUGCUUUCAGGUAAGUAGUUAUUACCCUUUCUGUGUAUCUAGUGAAGCAUCUUCAUGCUUUGUGAGCCAGUCACAAUUUAGGACCUUGAUAAAACAGUUUUGAAAAGUAUUUUUUUUAUUAAAGCCCAGCUCAGUGGAAGUAUGACAGACACUCAAUGUAACAGGGCCUAAAUUGCUAGAAAGGCAACUACAGAAACCACUGCAGACAAGUUAGUAAUUAAAUGCAUAAGCAAUCCUCUAGAUAGAAAAUAUGCAGAUUUAGCUAUUUCAGAGUGUUAUACAUAAAUGUCAGUAAACAAUAUAUAGAAUACACCUUUCAUAGGUAUAUUCUCACUGCAUCUGAUUUAGAUUUUGCUACUAAAAGGAACUCCAUGUAGAAUAUGUUUUAAUUAAGUAUAUGACCAACCAGUGAAGUCAUUAGUGCUAUAAGCCUACUAAAUUUGUUAGUAGUAGUAAUCAAGUGGAAAAAAGAAUUAGCAAGGUGAUCUAUAUGAGGUGAACAGGGCAAGAGCAUACAUUAAACAAUUUCUUGAGGUAUUUUUUCAUGUAAUAUAAUUGACAUUCAUCAGUCAAAACUGUUGCAUGUUCAGUGAAUUAUAAUCUUAAAAUUUUUUCUUAAAUGCUUGUGAGUAGAUAUUUUAAGGAAACAUUUGACUUAGUUUUGUUCCUAAAGUUCUAUUUUCUUAGAUUUACACUGAAGAACAGUGUUCAAAAUACAGUAUCAUUUCUAGCCUGCAUGAGGCAGCAUCUUUUGGUAUUUCUGCUCCACAAUAGUUUGGGUUCAAUUUCAACAUACUACCCAGGAUCAAACACCAAAGCAAAUACACAAAAUACUAUUUCUAAAUAAAAACUUAUACUCAAACUCUGUAUUUUAACUCUUUAAUAUUUUCAAGAUUUACAAAUCAAGAAGCUAAAGAAAGUUGAAAGCCCUUUUAAAAUAACAUAUACCCACUUGCCUCCUUGAAAAAGGAACAUGCUUGUGCUUGGCACUCUCACAACUUUUGCCAUUUGGAGCAGUGUUACAAAUAUGCUGUCCCAGAUAACUGAUUUCACAGGAUUAUGGCACCAAGCUAUUAAUAUAGAUAAUCUUGACAUCAACCUUACAUUCUAGACUGCUUUUCACCCUCUCCGUUAGCAUACUUUCACAUACAGUUUGACUAAGAAGCUGCCACCUUCCAUGUAAUGUUGCUGUUUACUCAGGUAUGCAUCAGAGGCAAUAAUUUUCAAAGCUGAGGAGUUAAGAAUAGUUAUUGAACUUUAUCCUUACCAUCUCUGUUUACAAGCAAAGUAUUACUUUGUCUGGGCUUAGUUCAUCUUCGGUGUCUGGGAUUGUGGGUAACAAAGCAGAUCGGGUCAAACCCCAAAACUUUUGAGGUGACAUGUCUUUUUUGGUGGCUGUAAAUUUCCAUCCAACAUGGCUUGCACAGAUCCUGCACUGGGCAACAGUCCAGGCAUACCUAUGAAAUUAAGGAAGGGUAUCAGGUAUGGAAACAUUUCUGUACUCCAAGUCUAUCAUCAUCUAAACCUGUUAGGGAGAGAGAUGUAGAGCCAAAUUUUAGGGAUUGAGAACAAAAAUAGUCUGAUGCAAACAGUGUCCACUAAUUAUGGUCAUGAAAUAUGGUAUAGUCUGUAGAUGUAAUUGUUUAGUGACUUGACUGGAUAGUCUUAAUACAAAGACAAGGAUUUCUUUCAACAAAUUGCUGGUUGCCGAAACCACAUUGUAACUUUGUAGCUGAUUAUACUUUGUUGUUUUGUACAGUAGUCAAAUUUGGCAGGGAUGGGGUGAAUGCAUAGUAUUUCUCAUAAUAUUUGUAAAUUAAUGAAUUUGUCAGAUAAUUUAACUAGAAAUGAACAUCAUGAUAUUUUUGUUAAUGAAAACAAACUAAACUAUGCAGUUAUAAACAUUUGCUUACUUUUAUUCCUAGGGAUAAUAUUCCACACCUAGUAUUCACGUUACACACCCUAGUCCUAGAUUUACUCCUUAAGGGUGCCAGUACAGUGGCAUGGUCCUCAGACCAAAAUGGUAUUAUCAUUAUCACUAACCUCUCAUCAGCCUGCCUCUGAAAAUAAUAUAGCUAAGGGACUCUUAACCAGGUGCUACUGGUCCAACUUUGAGAACCAAUGCAGGACACAAAUCAUGCAAAUUAGAAGAAAAGCAGGAAUCAGUGGAUUCUGCAUCACUGUAUCAUAAAAUAGUUGGUUUUCAGAAUGAGAUGAUGAGCUAAGUUUAGAUACACCACAUGUAUAGUAAUUUGGGGAUAACUGCAAUUGCCAACCUUCUUUCUUCCUAUAGCUGUACCCAGCCAUUCAUAGAAGGAAAAGCACUUAAACAGAGUUAUUAAUUUCACUAUUUUAAAAAUUAUACCCCCCAUUUUAAAAAUUAUACCCCCCAACAAAAAAAGAACUACUGCAGUUAUAUUACCCAGGAAACCAGCUGUGCUCUGUUGACGUCCUGCCUAUCAGAUUCAAGUUGCAAGCCUUGUACACGGUAAGUGUCUCAUGCACAUAUCCAUGAGGAUUCACAUAAGCUGCCAUCGGCCCACAUAAGGAUAAACUAAAACAGAAUCAGCAUAAAGCAUAAGUCAAAGUAGGGAAAAACAUAUUAAUUCUAUUCACUUAGUUUUUCUUUUAAGUUCACUAAUAACUAAGGUUAUUACCUAAUAUCAGAAUCCAGGUUGUUUUUCUUUUGUUCAGCCUGAGUAUCUUCCACAAUAAGGAAAAGGGAAAUAGUUCUACUUCCCUAAACUCUCCUCAGUAUAUACACUGUAAAAUAUGUUGAGAUGAAGUUCCUCUUGAUAGAUUAAGUGCAAUGAAAAAGUCUACUUUGGUCAUCCCAGACAGCAGUUUCCUUUUAAUUUGGAACACUAUUGUAUCACAGCAUCAGUACAUAUUUUGGAAGCAUGACUACUUUCUCUUUGGCCCUCUGUAGUACCCUUUUCAGCAAGGAUGGGGGGACGAAGUAGAUGGAAAAAUUUAAUGCCCAGUUGUUUAACUUGACCAUGCCCACUGCCUCCUCCAAACAGCUCACGUAUCUGCUGUUGCACUGACUUCCUACCCAAGGAACUUUGGAUAAGAGAGAAAAAAUAGAUGGGAAACUUCUUAAUAUAAAGAUCUCACCUGAAUAUUUCAUUUUUGGUGGUUAUUUCUGUUUCUUGACACUGCUUACAGCAAAGGGAUGUGCACUGAAAAAUUUAAGAGGAAUCUAUGAGCAGAAACGAUAUUCAAAAAACAGUAUGAUGAAGCUAAGCAGGUUUUAAAGAUCUCUUUCUGAGCCUGAGAUCAGUCACAUACUCAUAAAACUAAAUGACUAGGAUAAAGAAGCAGUACUGGUUUAUUAGAUACAGGUAUUCACAUUUGAGGAAAUGGGAAGCAAUUCAAGUUUGCCUGGAUGAGCCCACAUGGGAUGUUUAUUUAAAAUACCAUGAGGUGUACACAGCUGUUAUUUUAAAUACAUGAUUAUGUAACUGGAUUCAGUAGCUGGCUCUCACAGUUUGACUGUAGGUCCCUAGGUCCCAAUUCUGCAUCCUAGUUCCCCAGACUGACCAAACCACAGGUAUUAUGAAUGUAUUAACUUCUACUCACUUUAUUCAUAAUGUCUAGUUCACAGCGAAGUCGUUGGAUAGCACUACCAAUUUUAAGGAGCUGAAUUCUUAAUACAUCAUCAAUAGGAAGACAAGCAGCUACUCUGUAAGAAAAAUCUUAAAAACAUGCACAGUUUUUCAGUUUUAAACUUACAAAUCAAAAAGCUCCUUUUGAAAUAAGUCCUUAUCUGCAGGGUUCCCAAAGGACACAUUUUAUACAAAUAAUUCUACAGUAUAUCAAUUAUCAAGUGUAUAGUCUUAAGUGCAAUAGUUCUUUCACCACUUAUUUGCCAACAGACUAGAAAAAAACAGCUCAGCUGCAACUUAUAAGCAGAUAUAGAAAAAAAAUAGAAGUUUAAUCCUGGAACUAGGAUCACUUUUAAAGACACUUAAAAGAAUGAGGAUACACUGAGGGAAAGCUUUUGGAUGACAGCCAUUUGUAAUUUUCAUUAAAGUGGAAAACCUGCCUAAUAAGAGUGCUCACAGCAAAUAAGAACUCUGUUACAAUCAAUUUUAAAAAUACUCAUUUUCUCAACUGCGCAAAGCAAAAAAAGGAUUUCUUGGAUUAAAGCAUUGAUUAAACUAAAAUUUUUAGUUUCAUUACAGAGAAAGCACACACUAUUCUGUAACACAGCACAGGCCACAGGGAAGAUACUUUUCAUACUUCAUACCUAUUGGAUUUGAAGGAAGAGAAUCUUCUUUUAGAUUUUCGUCCCAUUCACGCAGCUGUUUCUUGAUUCUAUCCAUUAAAGUUUCCUUGUUUAAAAUACAAGUAGCAGUAAUAAGGUUCACUGAUGUAACAUUUACUGUCAGUUUUACAAUUCUUUAACAACAGUAUUAGCAAUUUAAAAUCACUAGUAUGUGGUAAAAUAAUCCCAUCUCAGUCCCACUUCACAUGUAUCCAUUUUCUUAUGCAGAAAAAUGAUCAAGCCCCAACUGCUUUGCCUAGGACUAAAUCAGCUUUCCUGGCUUCUCUGCAUUCAUCUAGCACUUUGCCAUCUACAUACCAUACAUGGCACCUAUUUACUCUGUAAGCUUAUUUUCACAAGUGUACCCAAAAAUAUUCUUGUAUAUUGUGUACUUAACAAUGACCCAAAAGCUGCUGAAGGGCAAAGAUCAACUACACAGUUGCUUUUAGUGCCCUGCAUAUCAUGUAUGCUGCCACUCUACUUGCUCCAGAUUUCUGGGCAACAUGAUUAAGAGAAAUGACUAAUGUCCGGUGAAUGGCUACUAUGUGCAAGUGCAAUAUCUUCUAUCCUCAUUUUAUAUAUUCUUAGGAGAAGCCUUUUGCCUCUAAGGACACCAGAAGUGAUGGAGUAGAGCUUUGAACCCAUUAUGUGUGUCCAAAACCCAGGUUCUUUAAAUUCUUCCAGCAGUCUAUCUCAGCAGGUUAGCAAGAUGUGGCCAUGCCUAGUAUUUCACUCAUGGAUGCAUCAAGUAGUAACACUAAAUAGUGACCCAGAGACAGAAGCUACUAUGCUUGCUUAAAAAAAACCAAAACAUUCUCAAGGAUUUGUGAAUUUUCUAAAUGUAACCACUACCUGACACAACAAAAUUUCACACGGGCUGCUGCAUAAAUCCUAGUCUCUUACUAUUGUCCAUUAUAAGCCACUAGAAAACUGAAAGAAGUUGAAAUCCUAUAAAUUAGAGGCAAAGUCUACCCAGCUGUAUCUCUCACUCCUGUCCUUUCUACAUUACAUGUACAUACCCAAUAUCAUCAUUUCUGAAAACAAAACACCACUGAGUAUGACAGCCAAUAUUUUGUUCUCAUGACCCUUCAUCAUGACAAGGCUCACCCUAGACUGAAAAAGUUUAAUGUACGUUACUUACAGCAUCAUAUAAAGAAUACAGCCAGCGAGGCCAUGAAGUCAGAUUUGCACAAUGAAACUUUCUCUGAAAAAGAAAAAAGUCACUUACAAAGAACCACACAGAGUGAAGGCAAGAAAGUCAAUCACGAUUUCAGUUUCCUAGUUUUUGCUUUGUCCUUUUUUCCUCAAUUGUGUUUUAACAGCUUUAUUGAAGGAAAUUUUACAUUAAGUGUGUAACUCUAUGAUUUCUACUACAGUUACCGAUUUGUAUUACCCAGUCUUCCAGUUUUUAUAUACUUGUGUUGUUUAAAUUGUAUACAAUUAAAGUCAUUUUUACCAAAA